UGUCAAAGUUAGCGUCAAUCAAAACUGUCAGCCACAAAUUCACACUUCAAGAUGUUGUCAUCAAAAUUCUAGUGUAAUUACCAAAAACAAGAAUAAAAGUGCUAUGAAACCAAUAGAAAAUAUUCCACAAACCACUGACGCAGACGACGGUAUAUUCAAAAGCGAGAAUGAAAUGAGAGAAUCGCUUUCAAAGCUAUGUUACGGCGACUUGUUUCUAAUCGGCAGGAUUUGGGUAGAAGCUCUACAAGCAGUUCUGGUAGGCACAAAAUUCAAUUUGAUACCAGCAGUCAAUGCAAUGGGGAAAACUAAAGAAGACGCAGUACCAAAAAGACCUCCGCCGAUGAAAUUCGAAGAGUUGCCUAUUUACGAAAAUCCGCAUUACGAAUACAAAGAUCAUGUCGCCGACAAGGAUAAAUGUCCUGAGUAUAAGAACAAGCUGGUCCAUAACGCAUUACUGCCUCACGUGAAGAAAUCUAGGAAGAGAGCCAAGGAGAUCUAUGAGAACUUCUGCGGUACUAUGAAAUCUCAUUGCAAAAAUACUUGUGCCUCUGUUAAGGAAAACAAGAAGAGGGUGAAAGAGUAUAUGAGGCAUCCAGACAAUCUAGUUUUGAGACAAGGAGUUCUUGCUGCUGGCACUCUGACUGGAUUUCUUCUAGGCGGAGGAGGCGGUGUACCGAAAAGGUUCUUCUUCACAAGCUUAGGAGCUUUAGCCGCCGGCUCGCUCUGUUUCCCGAAACAAACCGACGAAUACUUUCGCACCGCUUGCUACCACACUGCUAAGGUAGCCUUAGCUGUUUACAAUACGACGUGCGGGAAGGAUAUCUCUCUAAGGGAGAGAAUUCCUUGCAAAGAGGACUUGCCGCCAGAACCGAAGCCGAGAAAACCAUUGUGCUCCAAAUAGUUGUGAUUGACCUAUGAAGUGAAGUAGCAACUUGCAGGUCUGCAAAGAUGUGGAAUAGUAUAGAAGAAGAUAUGGGAGCCCCAGCCGGGAUUUUGAGAUUUACUCGACCAGAAUAACAUAAUGGGCGCAACCUUGCACCUUGUUAAAUACUUCAACUAUUGCUAACCCCUUUACAUAGGAUUGAACGUUGAUGGCAGCAAAAAAAUCAACAAGUGACCAUGACUUUUGAUCGCUUCUAAAUCGUCAAUCUUUUAAAUAAGAGCUACUGGAGGGUUCAAGUAACAUCCAUUGUCAAUGUGAGCGCUCUAUAAUAUAUUUUUUUGAUUGAUCUACCCCUUCGUACCGCCACCCUCGCACCAUGCAAACCGCCAGAUUAAUAUUUUUCGUCAUCAGCAACGGUAUGUGAACCCGCCUCGUAGCUCCUAUUCAAAAGACUGACGACUUGAAUGCCAUCAAAAGUCAUGGCCGAUUGUUGAGUUAUUGUUUUGCUACCCUAGACGUUCGACUCUCUAUAAAGGGCUCCGGUAUGGUGGUGGUACUUCACAAUGUGCAAGAUCCCUUCGUUAUUCUGACGCGCUCGACUAAAUCUUGGGCUCUCAGUGACCUAGAUGAAGUGAAGAGGAUGAGAGAAGAUGCAGGCCGGCAAGGUGAGGAUGGCUGAUGCGGCAGGUGAACUGCUAUACCAGCAAUCUAUCAGCAGCAGUGAUUGGCAAUUGACAUCAGGUGGAAUGGCAAAGUUUAACCGGACCUUUUUGCAAAAACAAACUGAAUUAUUCAAUUAUUUAUCGAUGGUACAGAUGGUGCAAUCCGCGAAGAUGCUCCCUACCAAUUUUUGGUUGAAAAAUUAUCUUAGUAUUAUCAUAGAUAAUUAGUGUGUACCGAUAACACUCAAAUAUUGGCGGAAGCUGGCACACAUUUACUAUAAACGGUUGAAGGAAUAGAGCAUCUUCGUAGAUUGCAAUAUACUGUGCCUAUAAGUUUAAUAAAUCCGGCUGCGGUGAGAAGAAUGACUUGUUUGUUUUUGUUUUUACAAUUUUUCUAGUUCUAACCGUUCUGUAACGGUGACAGUUCAGCGUUGUUACUGAGCCUUUGCUUUUGAGUGUCCGUCUGUAUCUCAUGGACCACAGUUUUUAGACAACAUAGACACGUCGAAUAAAGAACCUCCUCUUUAAAUAAAACAUAUUUCAACGGUAU